GGGGCUCCUGUGGGCCCUCCCGGGAUCUCCUUCCUCCCUUCCUUCCUUCCACUCCUCCGCCGCUUCUUCCAUCGCCAUCUUCCUCUUGGUUCCUCGCGGUGCCGCCGGCCUGUGUCGAUCCGGCCCUUGCUUCCGCCGGCGACGCACGAGCGCCCACCAGGUUGGCGCCACAGGGGGCUAUUGUGUACUUGUAUAUGUUGGUGGUGACAAAGCAGACAAACACACGGCUGUUGCGGCACGGCGAAUGGCUACCAACAUGUGCGGUGGCGCCACGGUGGCUUGCAGGGUGUGCUACAGGGAUCAGUACGGCACGCCGCGUGAGCUGAACUGCACACCGCAGAGGAAGUGGAUGAACGGUUACCAUUUGAUGUUCAGGCUCUGUCAGUGGAAACCCAAUGGGGGGAGGUCAGAUGGUUCCCUGCUCCGACGAGGCUGCGAUGUCCGGUGCCGCUCUUGUGGUUCUUGUAAUGGCAGUUGCGAGACUAAAGAGUGCAAGAGCUCUGAAGAUGGCGCCGGUCCUUACAGAGAUUUCAAACAACAUUCAAGGGGAAAUACUCAAUUUUCAGAUGAUCAAGUUGCAUCUCAGAAGAAGUCAGCCUAUGCUAGUCAAGGAUUGGCCGAAGCCUGCAAAUUCGUUUACAAUGAUGCAAAGUUUGUAAAUGAAAGGGCUCAAAAUGACAUUCUGUUACUUUCACGUGGCAUAACAAGGCUGAACAAACGUGCAUGCGAGGAUGCUGCUGUUUUAGGCUUGGGAUUUCUCAAGCUUGAUGCUCGUGCACGUGAGGAUACCCAAAAGAUUGACCAUGGUGUGAAGGAGAGGGCAGCCCGUCUUAACCAUUUUGCUAGAGCAUUCAAGGAACGAGCUGAGUCUGAUUUGAAGAAAGCUGCAGACAAACAUUGGAGUGAUGGUGCUUUAGAGGCAGAUUUGCGACGAGCUGACUUGGUUGUUAAACGGCGUGCCAUGGAAGAUGCUUUCAUGGCAUUGAAGUUUGUUCGGGAUAUCCAUGACAUGAUGGUGAACAGAUUAUAUGAGCAGCUUCCAAGGGAUGGUGCAUCUUCUCGUACAAGUUCAACAGGGUUUAUUACACUCGAGAAGAAUGGGAAAACUCUUGAACUGUUUCCUGGUGAAGUUUCUGCUGACCAGAUUUCUGCCAUAGAGGAAGCAUACCGGAGUAUGGCAUCUGCCUUUUCUGAAGCUGAUGGUAUUGACUACACAGAUCCUGAGGAGCUUGAAUUGCUAGUAGCAACACUUAUUGACCUGGAUGCCAUGGAUGGAAAAAGAAGUGUUUCCUUGAUAGCUGAAUGUUCAAGCUCUCCAGAUGUUAAUACUAGGAAAGCCCUAGCUAAUGCAUUGGCAACGGCUCCAUCUAUGUGGACUCUUGGGAAUGCUGGCAUGGGUGCACUGCAGAGAUUAGCUCAAGAUCCCAAUUAUGCUGUUGCUACUGCCGCAUCAAGAGCCAUUGAUGAACUCAAGAAGCAGUGGGAACUUGAAGAAGGUGACAGCCUAAGGUUUGUAAUGAACCAAAAUUUGGCUUCUGAGGCAACUGAUGAUGGAAGUUCAGCAGCAGAAGAUGCAACGUGAGGUGUAAACAAGAUGAAAGAUUUCGAUUCCAAAAGUUCCGAUGUAUCAAAGCAUACCAAAGCAUCAUCUGCAGCACGUAAGGCAUUCCUAUGUGACCAUUAGGACUGAAGUCCAAAUAGACAUUGGAAUUUCACAUAUACUUAGGCCCCGUUUUCUUCCA